UCAGAGCAAAGCAUGAAUGUUAAAGGACUCUCUGAACAUAAAAAAUGGAAAUAUUCUGCCGUCUCUCUCAGGACAGAUUUCAACUUCAAAGCUCGCUCUGUCAGACAAGAUGAACACAAUGAUGUACAAAAGAAAACCUUUACAAAAUGGUUAAAUGCACGCUUUUCAAAGAGUGGAAAAUCUCCUGUCAAGGAUUUGUUUAUUGACCUGAAGGAUGGAAGAAAGCUGUUGGAUCUCCUGGAAGGCCUCACAGGAACAUCAUUGCCCAAGGAACGUGGAUCAACAAGAGUUCAUGCCUUAAAUAAUGUCAACAGAGUCCUGCAAAUUUUACAUCAAAAUAAUGUGGAAUUAGUGAAUAUAGGUGGUACAGAUAUUGUUGAUGGAAAUCACAAACUAACCCUUGGCCUUAUAUGGAGCAUCAUCCUACACUGGCAGGUCAAAGAUGUCAUGAAGGCUAUCAUGUCAGAGCUACAGCAGACAAACAGUGACAAGAUUCUAUUGAGUUGGGUCCGACAUUCCACAAAGCCUUAUAGUCAAGUAAAUGUUCUGAACUUCACUACAAGCUGGGCGGAUGGCUUGGCCUUCAAUGCUCUGAUUCACAGACACAGACCUGACUUGUUCAGCUGGGAAAAGAUUACUCAACUACCUCCACUCGAGAGACUAGAUCACGCUUUCAAUAUCGCAAAAAAAGGCUUGGGAAUAGAAAAACUACUUGACCCGGAAGAUGUUGCAGUGCAAUUGCCUGAUAAAAAAUCUAUACUUAUGUACCUUACAUCACUAUUCGAAGUCCUUCCUCAUGAAGUCACAUUAGAUGAUAUUCAUGAGGUUGAAACUCUUCCAAGAAGAUACAAAGGAGUGUGUGAGGAGAUGGUUUUCAGUAAGCAGCAGACUUCCAAUGAACAGUGUGAAGAUUCAGGACCAGAGACACCAAGUACUGUAACAGAAGUAGAGAUGGAUCUGGACAGCUACCAAGUGGCCCUUGAAGACGUCCUAACUUGGCUUCUUUUAGCAGAAGACACAUUUGAAGACCAAGGGGAAAUAUCUGAUGAUGUGGAGGAAGUUAAACAACAGUUUAGUACUCACGAGGCUUUUAUGAUGGAACUCACAGCACAUCAAAGCAGUGUGGGUAAUGUCCUGCAAGCCGGAAACCAGCUGAUUGCUAAGGGUGACCUGUCUGUUGAAGAAGAAUAUGAGAUCCAAGAGCAGAUGACGUUACUGAACAAUCGCUGGGAAUCACUCCGUGUUGAGAGCAUGAUCAGACAGGCCCGUCUCCAUGAAGUGUUGAUGGAAUUGCAAAGGAAACAACUGGAUCAGCUGUCAGACUGGUUAACUGCCACAGAAAAACGGAUUCAGAACAUGGAUAUGUUGUCAUUUGGGGAAGAUUUUGAAGCAUUUAAAAAGCAAAUUGAAGAACACAAGAAAUUGCAAAAUGACCUUGAGACAGAGCAGGUGAAGGUGAACUCUCUAACACACAUGGUGGUUAUUGUUGAUGAAAACAGUGAAGAAGGUGCCACCAUAGCACUGGAAACUCAGUUACAGAGACUUGGAGAGCGCUGGGCAGCUGUUUGCCGCUGGACAGAGGAACGCUGGAGUAAUUUGCAAAAAAUUCUAAUCUUGUGGCAACAAUUAUUGGAAGAACAGUGUUUGUUUAAAUCAUGGCUAUCCGAGAAAGAAAAAUCUUUAAGUAAAAUCCAAAGAAGUAACUUCAAAGACCAAGCAGAGCUUAGUGCCAGCGUGAGAAGGUUGGCGGAUUUAAAGGAAGAAUUGGGAAGAAAGAAGCAGACUUUAGACCAUCUCCAUGAGAUAGCUCAGGAUGUGGUCCAGCUUGCUAGCAAUGCCAAGGCUUCUAGGAAACUUAUGGAUGAUAUGGAAGAUCUGGCUCAAAGAUGGGAUGGCUUGGUGCAUCAAUUAGAAGACUACACUAAUCAGGUCACUGAAUCAGUAACCACCCUAGGGGUAACACAAGUGUCACACAAGGUGGUCAUUGAGACUAUGACUGUUAAAGAACACAGCAGCAUUAAUAUCAUCAAACAAGAGCUUCCUCCUCCCCCACCUCCUAAGAAACGUCAGAUGUACUUGGACACUGAGGAGAAGAAAAAGUUUGACGAGGAAUCUGCCAAGUUGUUGAAUUGGAUGAUUAAAACCAGAGCUACCAUUCAAGCUGCUGAGAUCAGUGACUAUAGAAAGAUUAGAGAGACAUCAGACAUAAAAGAAAGGCUAAAGAUUUUUGAGAAAGAAAGAAAUGAGAGGGCCCCCAGUUUUGACGACGCCCUCAUAACUGGACAUCGCCUACUGGAGUUGUGUGAGAAAGACGAUAUCCCACCCGAUGAAGUAAAAAGUUCAAUUGAUUCUUUGCAGACGGAAUGGAAAGAGACAAAUAGUCAAAUAGAAGAGUUAAAUAAUAGGAUCCAGUACCAAGAUGCAAUUACAGCUGUGUUCAGAAAGCUGCAGGUUUUGGAAGAAAAUAUAAAGCAAGAGGAGGAUUGGUUAAAUGCCCCAAAUAAGGCUUCUCAGGAGCAGUCACUUAGCGAAAUAAGUCAGGAAAGACUUAGCAAGCUUAACGACCUGAACACCGAGGUGGAAAAUCUAAAAUCGAAUGUAAUAUCCCUAAGCUCCCAACCAAGUGCUCCGGUUUUUAUUCAGCUCAGUUUCAACGAAUUUAAUAACCACUACCAGAACGUAAAGAACCAAGUGGAGCAAGAAGUCCAGAAAUAUCAAAAAGCAUUGGAAUGUCAGCCAAGUCAGAAUUACCUGUACACACGGAAAGUGCUGAAAGACACGUUAGUGGAUUGUCGGAGCCAGUUACAAUCCCUCUCGACUGGCCUCUGCGACCCCAUCUCAGUAGAACAAGCCUCGAAGCAGACAAAGAUUCUUUUACAGACAAUUGAAGAUCAAAAAGAAAAUUUAGAUAAACUCUAUUCAGAAAUACGAUUGCUGGAGAAACGGGCACCAGAUGAUAAAUUAAAGAUCUACCUAAUGGAGUGUACGGAUUUAGAGGAUCAGUGGAUGGUGUUACGCAGUUGCUGCUCGGAACAUAUCAGUGUUCUGGAGGAUAUCUCUUCUAAACUACGAACAUUUGAGGCCGAUUCCAAAUCUAUCCAAAAAUGGGCCAAUGAUGCAAAAGAUUUUGUUCUAAACCAACGUUCUGAUUCAGAGGAUUCUGAAGGACUGCAGAGACAACUGGACCAGUGCAUGGCACUUGUUAAUGAAAUGGAAACAGUUGAAGCCUCUUUAAAAAAGAUGAGUGAAGUAGAGGUUGCACUUAGAAGACACCCGGAUACAAUGAUCAAUACAUGGGUACAGCCCAGGCUUAAUGAUCAACAGGAGCAGUGGGAGAAAUUAAGCAAGCAGGUAAUUCACCAGAUGAACAGGCUAUCUGAGAGCCAGGAGAAAGCAGUGAACUUGAAGAAAGACUUGGUAGAGAUGCGGGAAUGGAUGAUACAGGCUGAAGAAGAAUACUUAGAAAAGGAUUUUGAAUAUAGGUCUCCAGACGAACUAGAGAAUGCGGUGGAGGAAAUGAAAAGAGCAAAAGAGGAUGUGCUGCAGAAAGAGGUGAGGGUGAAGAUUUUGAAGGACAAUAUAAAGACAUUAGCUGCCAAAGGUCCAAAUGGUGGUCAAGACCUGACAACUGAACUGAAGGAAGUGCUGGACAAUUACCAGCUUCUCUGUAACAGGAUCCGGGGGAAGUGUCACACGUUGGAGGAAGUCUGGUCGUGCUGGAUUGAGCUUCUCCAAUUUCUGAAACUAGAAACUGCCUGGCUAGACACAUUGGAGGAAAAAAUCCAGAACUCGUCAACUCUACCUGACAGAGCUGAUUUAGUGAGCGAGACAUUGGAGUCUUUAGAGUCUGUACUGCGCCAUCCGGCAGACAACAGAACCCAGAUUCGUGAGCUUGGUCAAACCUUAAUUGAUGGGGGCAUCCUCGAUGACAUCAUCAGCGAGAAGCUGGAAGUAUUUAAUGCUCGCUAUGAGGAGCUGAGCCAUUUGGCUGUGAACAGACAGAUCACUAUGGAGCAACAUCUGCAGAGCUUGCGGGAGAGUGAGCACAUGCUGCAGGUACUUCAGGAGUCUUUGGAAGAGCUGGACAAACAGCUGACCACGUACCUCACAGACAGAGUCGAUGCAGUCCGAAUGCCACAGGAAGCCCAGAAAAUCCAGGCAGACAUAACUGCCCAUGAAGCUACUUUGGAAGAGCUGAAGAAAAGCUCCAGACCAUUGCCCCCAGCAACACCUGAGGUCAAAUCACCACGUGGAGGAUCUCAGUUAGAUGUUCUUCAGAGAAAGCUACGAGAAGUAUCCACAAAAUUCCAGCUCUUCCAGAAGCCUGCCAAUUUUGAACAGAGAAUGCUGGAUUGUAAACGUGUUCUCGACGGAGUCAAAGACGAUCUUAGUGUUCUUGAUGUUAAGGAUACUGAUCCUGAUGUCAUCCAAAAACAUCUGGAUGGGUGCAUGAAACUCUACAAAACUCUAAGUGAAGUCAAGUUAGAAGUAGAGACUGUUAUUAAGACGGGAAGACAAAUUGUGCAAAAGCAACAAACAGAUAAUCCCAAGUCAAUGGAUGAACAUUUAACCGCCUUGAAGCUUCUGUAUAAUGACCUUGGUGCACAGGUGACUGAGGGGAAACAAGACUUGGAAAGAGCAAUUCUUUUGGCCAGUAAGCUGAAGAAAGAUUCUUCCUCUCUGUCUGAAUGGCUCACGGCUACAGAAUCUGAACUUAUUCAGAAGUCCACUGCAGACGGCUUAUGUAGAGAUCUGGAUGCAGAAAUAUCCUGGGCUAAAAAUGUGCUAAAAGAGCUGGAAAAGAGGAAAGCAGAUCUGAACAGCGUGACCGAGAACAGCGCUGCGCUACAGUGCUUGGUGGAGGGCAGUGAAGCUGCACUGGAAGAGAAGCUUUGCAUUCUGAAUGCAGGCUGGAGCAGAGUCCGCACUUGGACAGAGGACUGGUGCAACACGCUCUUGAAUCACCAGAGUCAGAUGGAGAUUUUUGAUGAGAAUGUUGCUCACAUAAGCACUUGGCUGUACCAAGCGGAAGCCCUUCUUGAUGAGAUUGAGAAAAAGCCAGCUAACAAAAAGGAGGAGACUGUCAAGCGCCUGUUGUCAGAGCUGGAUGAUGUCAGCCUCCGUGUAGACAAUGUCCGUGACCAGGCCAUAAUAUUAAUGAGCAAUCGGGGCACAUCUUGUCGUGAGUUGGUGGAACCAAAAUUGGCUGAGCUCAAUCGUAACUUUGAAAAGGUUUCACAGCACAUCAAAGCAGCUCAAUUUAUGGUUGGUCAUGAUACUCGGUCACAGAUUAAAGGUCCAGAGGAAGAGUCUUUGCCUGCGGAUAAUUCUACAGUAGAGCUGGAAAUGUUUGAGUCUGAACUCCUGGGUGCCCAGAAAAUGGUCGAGAGACACCUACAGUCAGUGACUGAUCAUGACAGGACUGAUGAAGAGAACACUCAAAUUGAAGAAGUUCUACUAAAAGGAGAGGCUGUGCUGCGGCAGCCCCUAGAAGACAACAAGAGAGAGAAGCUGCGACUGGAACUGCUGCUUUUACAGACCAGAUACAACAACGCAAAGGAACUGCAGCUAAUUCGGAAGAGACAGGAGAUAAGGCUCUCUCCAGUUUCCAAGCCUAUUGAGAAGGAAAAAGAUAACUUCUUCAACUGGAUGAAUGAGACAGAACAUCGUCUGUCCGGUCUCCAUGAGGCAGAGGAUGACAAGAAGCUUCAAGAGCUGCUGCAGGAGCUGGAUGAUCACAGAGAGGAAUUCAUCGCUCUGCAGAAGAAGACUGGCGCUCAGCUGCAUGAACCUGCUGGGGAAGUGGAUGGAGGGAAAGUUAAAGAGCGCUGGGAGGAGAUUGAAAAGCAGUUUGCAAUUUAUCUCGGAGUUCAGCAUCACAGCCUGGAUGUCUCAGCCGAUGAUCACCUAGAUGGCAGCACUUUCUCCUCACAGUACACUCCUUUGCUUCUCCCAUCAGACUAUUUAGUGGAGAUAAACAAAGUACUGCUUUCUAUUGCUGAUGCCGAGUUACUCCUCAAUGCUCCUGAGCUGAACAGUGGAGAAUAUGAAAACUUUUCUAUACAGGACGAUUCUCUCAAGAACAUUAAAGAUGUAGUGGACAAACUUGGAGAACAGAUUGCAGUUAUCCAUGAGAAACAGCCUGAUGCCAUCUUGGAAGCUACAGGACCUGAGGCAGUACAAAUUGGAGACUCCUUGACUCAGGUGAACGCUGAAUGGGAUCGGAUCAACCGUCUGUACAAUGACCGGAAGAGCCGUUUUGACAGGUCUUUGGAGGAGUGGCAUCAGUUUCAUUGUGACCUAAACGACCUGACACAGUGGACAACUGAGACAGAACAAUUGCUGGCUGAGUCCCAUUCACCAGGAGGCACCUUAAAUAUGGAGAAGGCUCACAUAAAUCAACCGGAGCUUGAGGAAGCAGUGAGCACCCAGCAGCUUAAUUUUACCAUACUCAACCAAAGUGGGGAAGGCAUCAUACAGCAUCUUUCUGCCACCGAUGGAGAAUUCCUACAGGAUAAACUGGCUGGGCUGAAUAAACGCUGGGGUGCAAUUAGAACAGAGGUUCUGGAAAGGCAGCUGAGGUUGAAAGGAGAAAGUCCAGCUUUAAGUGACUACAGGAAUAAGAUGGAUGGAUUUGUCAUCUGGUUGGAGAGGGCAUUUAAUGUGGCCCGUGUAAAACCUGCAUUGGAUAAUGAAGAGAGAUUGCAAGAACUGAAGGUUAUGAAUGUAGAGAUGGAAAAGAAAAGUGAGACGAUAGAAUGGCUAAAUCGAGCAGCUCCAGAAAUACUGGCACAGAAGAGUCUCAGUCCGCAGGAGAGAGAAAAACUAUCUGCAAGACUGAGGACAAUAAAUAUGAACUGGGAGCAGGUGUCCAGAGAAGUUCCUGAGAAAGUAAAGGAACUGGAGGGACAUUUGUAUUACCCCAAUUAUGCAACACAGACUACAUUACCCAAUUACACUACAAAAGUAGUCCAAAACAUGGUGCUUGUAUCUUCUGCCUCUGAAAUCCCUGUGUUCCCCAAACAUGGAAUUGACCUUCCAGCCCAAGCAGACCUUGAUAGGACUGUCAUCGAACUAGGAGACUGGCUGCUUCUCAUUGAUCAGAUGCUCAAGUCAAACAUUGUUACUGUUGGAGAUUGCGAAGAGAUCAACACUACCAUAACACGCAUGAAGAUAACCAAAGAAGAUAUGGAACAACGCCACCCACAGCUUGAAUCACUUUUCAUGUUGGCUCAAAAUGUGAAAAAUAAAACGUCUAAUUUAGACAUUAGAACGUCUAUCACAGAGAAAACAGAAAAACUGAAGAACCAGUGGGACAGCACCCAACAUGGGGUUGAGAGCCGCCAAGAGCAGCUACAGAAUAUGUUGGUUGACAGCAUCAAAUGGAAUGAUCAAAGGAAAGAGAUCCAAAAUAUCCUGGACCAAAGUGAUUUCCGUCUUUACACACUCACUCAGACAUCUAGAGACAAACUUGUCAAUCAGCUGGCAGAAAAUAAGGCAUUAGUGCAAGACCUGCACAAGGGAGAGAUUAUUAUGGAUGCAUUCAAUGAGCUUUCAAACAAACUACUUCAAAAUAACAGCUCUGAUGACACCAGGAAAGUAAAGGAAACCAGCGAUCAAUUGUACAUGAGUUGGGUUAACAUGAACAAGAGAGUUGGUGAUCGGCAGAGCGUGCUGGAAAAAGAGCUUAAAGAUGUCCAAGCCUUGGUCAAGGAACAUGAAAACUUUAUGAAAUGGAUGCAGGAAGCAGAAACGACUGUUAAUGUCCUGAUGGAUGCAUCACAACGAGAGGGCCUUCAACAGGAUGUCACCCGUUUGCGCCAACUCAAAAUGCAGCUCCAGGAUAUUCAAGCUGAGAUAGAUGCCCACAAUGACAUCUUUAAGAGUAUUGAUGGUAACCGUCAGAAAAUGGUGAAAGCCCUGGGAACCUCGGAUGAAACAGCAUUACUACAACAUAGACUUGAUGAUAUGAACCAACGAUGGCAUGAUUUGAAAGCCAAGUCAGCAAACAUCAGAACUCACUUGGAGGCGAGUGCAGAAAAAUGGAAUCGCUUGUUGAAAUCUCUGGAAGAUCUAAUCCUCUGGUUAGAUGCUAGAGGCGAAGAAGUGAAAAAGCAGAUGCCUGUGGGGGGAGAUGUUCUAACAGUACAACAACAGUAUGAUUACUGCAAGGUUCUGAAACGUGAGUUGAAAGAUAAAGAACAGACCAUAUUGAACACCAUAGAGCAAGCUCGUAUUUUCAUUUCUGAGCAACCCAUUGAAGGUCCAGAGGAGCCAAGAAGGACCUUACUUCCUAAAACAGAAAUAACCCCAGAAGAAAAAGCACAGAAAAUUGCAAGGGCCGUGAGGAAGCAGUCACUUGAAGUGAAAGAAAAGUGGGAAAGUCUGAAUACUCAGGCUGGCAGUUGGCAGAAGCAAGUAGACAAGUCUUUGGAGAAACUGAAAGAUCUUCAGAAUGCUAUGGAUGAACUUGAUGCAGACUUGACACAGGCUGAGAAAGUGCGCACUAGUUGGAAACCUGUAGGGGACUUAUUGAUUGACUCUUUGAAAGAUCACAUUGAGAAGACAAGUGCAUUUGGAGAUGAAAUCAUUCCCAUCAGCUCAAAAGUGAAGACAGUGAAUGAUGCGGCCAGUCAGCUUUCUGCGCUUGAUAUCCAGCCAUCUGCAAAGACUUCUCGGCAGUUAGAUGACCUCACCAUCAGAUGGAAGCUCCUACAGGCAGCUGUUGAAGAAAGACUAAAACAACUCCAGGAAGCACACCGUGAUUUUGGACCAGCCUCUCAACAUUUUCUCUCUACUUCAGUACAGCUUCCAUGGCAACGAUCUGUGUCACUAAACAAAGUGCCCUAUUACAUCAAUCAUCAAACGCAAACAACUUGUUGGGAUCAUCCGCAAAUGACAGACCUUUUCCAGUCAUUAGGUGACUUAAAUAAUGUAAGAUUCUCUGCCUACCGCACUGCUAUGAAAAUAAGAAGACUACAGAAAACACUGUGCUUGGAUCUUCUUGAGUUAAGUACCACGCACAAUGUUUUCAAACAGCAUGACCUGAAUCAGAACACUCAGCUACUGUCAGUUCCAGAAGUUAUAAGCAUCCUAACCACUAUCUACGAUGGGCUGGAACAGAAACACAAGGAACUGGUGAAUGUACCUCUCUGCGUAGACAUGUGUCUCAAUUGGCUGCUUAAUGUUUAUGACACGGGACGGACUGGUAAAAUCCGCGUUUUAUCACUAAAGAUUGGUCUCAUGUCUCUAUCCAAGGGUUUGCUAGAGGAAAAAUACAGAUAUCUAUUCAAGGAAAUUUCAGGGGCUGCUGAUACAUGCGACCAAAGGCAGCUGGGGUUAUUGCUUCAUGAUGCUAUUCAAAUUCCACGACAGCUUGGAGAAGUGGCCGCUUUUGGUGGCAGUAACAUUGAACCCAGUGUUCGCAGCUGUUUCCAACAUGCUCAGAACAAGCCAGAGAUCAACGUAAUGCAAUUCAUUGAGUGGAUGCGUUUGGAACCUCAAUCUAUGGUUUGGUUCCCUGUGUUGCACAGAGUAGCAGCUGCCGAAACCGCUAAGCAUCAAGCCAAAUGUAAUAUUUGCAAAGAGUGCCCGAUUGUAGGAUUCAGGUACCGAAGUCUUAAACAUUUUAACUAUGAUGUGUGUCAGAGCUGUUUCUUUUCUGGAAGGACGGCAAAGGGUCACAAAUUGCACCACCCCAUGGUGGAGUAUUGCAUACCAACAACAUCAGGAGAAGAUGUGCGUGACUUCACCAAGGUUCUAAAAAAUAAAUUCCGCUCCAAGAAAUACUAUGACAAGCAUCCAAGACUGGGUUACUUACCAGUGCAGACUGUGCUUGAAGGCGAUAACAUGGAAACUCCUAUCACGCUCAUCAGUAUGUGGCCUGACCAAUUUGACCCUAUGCAGUCACCUGAACUCUUUGACGAUGAUACACAUUCCAGGAUAGAGCAGUAUGCCAGCAGGCUGGCACAAAUGGAAAGAGCCAAUGGAUCUUUGUUCACAGACAGCAGCUCUGCUACCGGAAGCAUAGACGAUGAGCAUGCCUUGAUUCAGCAGUACUGUCAUACUUUGGGAGGAGAUUCACCCCUAGGCCAACCCCAGAGUCCUGUGCAGAUCCUCAAAUCAGUAGAGAAAGAAGAACGGGGAGAGUUAGAACGCAUUAUUGCCAACCUAGAGGAGGAGCAACGGAACCUUCAAAUUGAAUAUGAGCAACUAAAAGCACAACAUUUGAAAAGAGGUCUCACCCCUCCAUCUUCUCCCCCUGACUCAGUAGUGUCCAUACAACACACUUCUGAGGACUCCGAACUCAUAGCUGAGGCAAAACUGCUCAGGCAGCAUAAGGGUCGUCUGGAAGCCAGAAUGCAAAUUUUAGAAGACCAUAACAAACAACUGGAGUCCCAACUUCAUCGGCUACGUCAGUUACUAGAGCAGCCUGAAUCAGACUCGAGGGUUAAUGGAGUUUCUGUGACCGUCUCACCGCAGCCACCAGCACCAAGAUAUUCAGCUGAUCAUGAUUACUGCUCACAGUUUCAGCAGACAACUGGUGUAUUGUCCCCACCUUAUAGUACCAGCACAGACCUAGCAGAUAUGAUGGAACAAAUAAACAGCACAUUUCCACAAAGCAGCUGUAAGUAUGGCUAAUCAUAUCCUAUACCUCACUUGCUAUGUACAUGUAAUCACAGAGAGAUGCCCUAUAUUUAACCUGUAUUCUUUCAAGAUAAAAGUAUCUGCAAAAUUGCUAUCUUUCAAAAACAAGAAACAAGCCUGCUACGUUUGGCAGUUUUCAAUCUCUUACAGUUGACAGGUCUCUGUACAAUGCUCAUAUAUUUGUAAGAUUGCUAUGAAAUGUCAAGGCAGUGCCAGAAAUGGAGACAUCCUGUAUAAAUGACUAGUUCAUGUUCGCGCUG